GCCGCGCGCGGGCCUGCGUCAGAGCGCGGCGGAGAGCGGGACUCGCAGGUCCCCGCGCGCCAGCAGCGGCCGGCGCGGCUCCACCGCCCGCGCGUCCGCCGGCCCCGCGCACACGCCCCCCGCGCCCCGCCCGCCGGGUCCGCUCCCGUCCGAGCCGCUGCCCGCGCGCCGCGUGGAUGCCAAGUACCAGCUUCCCGGCCGCUUCCAAGUUUCCGCUCGGGCCUCCGGCCUCUGCGGGCUGCGCGGGCGCCGAAACUUUGGGGCCGGCCCGCGGCACCAUGAAGUCGGCAGAGGAAGACCACUACAGCUGCGCCUCCUCCAGCCUGGCCGCGGCCCUGCCCCUGGCCCCCGUGCACGCCUCCCUGUCGGCCCCGUGCCAUGAGCUGCAGCCCUCGGGGCCGGGCCUGGUGACCAGCCACGCCAUGGGCUACGGAGCCGCCGUGGACGGCGGGCCCUCGGGCUACUUCCUGCCCGGCAGCGUCCGGCCCAACGGUGCGCCUGCCCUGGAGAGUCCCCGCAUCGAGAUCACCCCCUACCUGGGGCUGCACCCGCACGGCGGCCAGUUCCUGCCGGACGUGGAGGCGGAGGACGUGCUGCCCGGCGCCCGGCGCUCCCCGGCCACGGCCACCCUGCACCUGCCCCCGCUGGACGCCUACCGCGACCCCUCCUGCCUCAGCCCGGCCAGCAGCGUGUCCUCCCGCAGCUGCAACUCGGAGGCCUCGUCCUACGAGUCCAGCUGCUCCUACACCUACGCCUCCCCGCAGACGUCCCCCUGGCAGUCGCCCUGCGUGUCCCCCAAGACCACGGAGCCCGAGGAGGGCUUCCCCCGCGGCCUGGGCGCCUGCAGCCUGCUGGGCUCCCCCCGCCACUCGCCCUGCGCCUCACCCCGCGCCAGCGUCACGGAGGAGAGCUGGCUGGGCGCCCGCUGCUCCCGGCCGCCGUCCCCCUGCCCCAAGCGGAAGCACGGCCCCGACGGCCGGCCGCUGCCCUCCCCGCAGGCCUCGCCCGCGCCCUCGCCCCACGGCUCCCCGCGCGUCAGCGUCACCGACGAGUCCUGGCUGGGCAGCGCCACCCAGUUCACCAGCUCGGCCAUCGUGGCGGCCAUCAACGCGCUGAGCACCGACACGCUGGACCUGGGCGACGGCCUCCCGGUCAAGGCCCGCCGCACCGCCCUGGAGCCCGCGGCCUCCGUGGCGCUGAAGGUGGAGCCGGCCGCCGAGGACCCGGCCACGUCGCCCAGCGUGGACUUCUCGCCCGAGGAGUUCCCCGGCUUCCAGCACCUCCGCAAGGGCGCCCUGUGUGACCAGUACCUGUCGGUGCCGCAGCCGCCCUACCCCUGGGCCAGGCCGCGCUCCCCCGCGGGCUACACCAGCCCAGCGUUGCCCGCCCUGGACUGGCAACUGCCCGCCCACUCGGGGCCCUACGAGCUGCGCAUCGAGGUGCAGCCCAAGUCCCACCACCGGGCGCACUACGAGACAGAAGGCAGCCGGGGGGCCGUGAAGGCGUCGGCCGGGGGCCACCCCAGCGUGCAGCUCCACGGCUACCUGGAGAAGGAGCCGCUGACGCUGCAGCUCUUCAUCGGCACCGCGGACGAGCGGCUCCUGCGGCCACACGCCUUCUACCAGGUGCACCGCAUCACGGGGAAGACGGUGUCCACCACCAGCCACGAGGCGCUGCUGUCCAACACCAAGGUCCUGGAGAUUCCGCUGCUGCCGGAGAACCACAUGCGCGCCAUCAUCGACUGUGCGGGGAUCCUGAAGCUGCGGAACUCCGACAUCGAGCUGCGCAAGGGGGAGACGGACAUCGGCAGGAAGAACACGCGGGUGCGCCUGGUGUUCCGCGUGCACAUCCCGCAGCCCGGCGGCCGCACGCUGUCCCUGCAGGUGGCCUCGAACCCCAUCGAGUGCUCCCAGCGCUCGGCCCAGGAGCUGCCCCUGGUGGAGAAGCAGAGCACGGCCAGCGGCCCCGCACAGGGCGGGAAGAGGAUGGUGCUGUCCGGACACAACUUCCUGCAGGACUCCAAGGUGGUGUUCGUGGAGAAGGCGCCAGACGGCCACCACGUGUGGGAGAUGGACGCCAAGACCGACAGGGACCUGUGCAAGGGGAACUCGCUGGUGGUGGAGAUCCCGCCCUUCCGCAACCCAAGGAUCAGCAGCCCCGUGCAGGUCAGCUUCUACGUGUGCAACGGGAAGAGGAAGCGGAGCCAGUACCAACACUUCACCUACCUCCCGGCCCACGUUCCGGCCAUAAAGACAGAGCCCUCGGACGACUACGAGCCGGCCCUGCCCUGCGGGCCCCUGGGCCAGGGCCUGGGCCCGCUCCCCAAGGCCUGCUACAGCCAGCCGCUGGCCCUGCCGCCCGAGCCGCCCUCCUGCCUGGUGACCGGAUUUCCAACCUGUCCCCAGGGCAGCCCCCUGCUGUCCCCACCGCCCGGCGCCAGCCCCAAGCUCCACACGCUCUCCUCGGCGCCCUACAAGGCCCUGGCAGGGCCCGGCCCGUGCCAGCUGGGCCUCCCGCCGCCGGCCACCCCCGGCGUCCUCCCCGUGCCGGGCCCGGAGCUGCACCCCGGUUCGCCCCAGCCGCCGGCGCCCUCCUUGCUGCAGCCACAGCCCUGCAGCCCCACCUGCCCGCCGAAGGCUCCGCCAAGCGCGUCUCCUGCCGCCGGGCCUCUGCCGCUGCCCGAGGUGCACCGGGACGGUGACCCUAGUCUGGCCCCCGUGCCCCUGGCGGUCAAGCGUGAGCCGCAAGAGCUGGACCAGCUGGACCUGGACGACGUGAACGAGGUCAUCCGCAACGACCUGUCCAGUGCCACUGUCCUCUCGUCGUAGGCACAAGGGCCCACGUGCAUGGCGGCAGUGGGCACUGCGCAGACUUCCGGCUAAAGAGACUGGACACCCGCGCCCGCCUUGCCCGAGGGGACAGUCCCCACCUCCCGUGAGAGGACCGGGCCGCCUCCUGGCGCGGAUGACAAUGCGGCCGCCUGGCCCAGCUACGCCCCCCCGGCACUGGCCUUGGACCCGAAGUGCCUUCCCCACUGACCACAGCUUCCGGGCGCCCUGAACUUGACUUCCAGUCUGCCACCACGAGAGUAUUUGCAGGAACAACAGAUGCCAUGGUGUGGCUCUCUGCGGGGCCGGGCCGGCUUCGGGGGCCGCUGCUCCCCGCGCUUGACUUCUCUUGCCUUAUCCGGUGCGUUCAGAGACGGGCCUC